AUGAAGAGAACAGGCACACUCUUACCCCUUCUUUUCGCCGCCUCCACUUAUGCUCAUGGCAUCCUUCACGCAAUGACCAUCAACGGCCAAAACUACCCGGGCAACGGUCUGUCAGGCAACGGUGGUACAACCAUCGAUAGCAUUAUUCGCCAAGUCUCUGCCCAAGAUCCGGUUAAGGGUGCCAGCAACACGGCGCUCAGCUGUGGGACAGGCUCCCAGCCUGCUACAUUGAUCGCCACUGCGAAUCCUGGUGAUACGCUCGGUUUCAACUGGAAAGGCGCAGGUGGUGGUAACUGGCCUCACAAUACCGGCCCAAUGCUUACAUACCUAGCCUCGUGCGGCUCAACAACAAGUGACAAGUGUGAUGGGCAGUCUGCCAAAUGGUUCAAGAUUGACCAAGUUGGUCAGGUGUCCCCAGGCUCAACGACUUGGGCCCAAGCGGCCGUCAUGACGGGCUCUCUCGCUAUGGUAAAACUCCCAUCCAACCUCGCACCAGGGAACUACCUCGUCAGACACGAAAUCAUCUCUCUCCAGCUCGCGGUCUCCAUGGGAGGCGCAGAGUUCUAUCCUGCCUGUUCGCAGAUCAAAGUCGGCGGAUCGGGUACAGGAGUGCCCUCUGCAUCCGAGUUGGUCAGCCUCCCGGGAGCGUAUAGCGAUUCAGACCCUGGUAUCUACGAUCCCAAUGUGUACAACGCUGGUUCGUCAUACACAUUCCCCGGCCCACCAGUCGCUGCAUUCGUUGGCAGCGGUGGUGGCUCGACUUCUGGAAAUGGUACCACUACUUCUGGAAAUGGCACAACAACCUCCACGACGACUGGCUCGGCACCCACUAAGCCGACCGCUACUAAGAGCAAGUCUUGCAAGCUGAGGCAAACGAAGUCUGCCUCUUCGUCGGCCUUGUCUGCGACGGGUGCGGCGAAUGCCACUGAUUUGUACCCCAGACACUUCAGCAGGAUUAUGCGCAAGGUUGUAGCGCGCCGCAGCAUAUAAAUUUCGUUCUUAUCUGGAUAUGUAUAUCUAUACUGACGCAUCUGUAUUAUCUGCCACUUAAUUUAUCUGCACAUGUACACAGCUAUUAUAGAACGAAGAGAAAUAGAGAGAAUUCGAUCCUU